AUGGAGCAUCUCUGUCUGUGCUGUCAGAUACUGCUACUCAUCCCAGUCUUGGUGACUCCCACAGUUCACAAUGGAGACGAAGCUUCUUGUGAUGGAGCCUUUGACAUUUACUUUGUAUUGGACAGAUCUGGCAGCGUGGCCCGAAACUGGAACGAGAUCUAUGACUUUGUGGAGCAGCUCACCCACAGGUUUGUCAGUCCCAGGAUGAGGGUGUCCUACAUCGUCUUCUCGGCUCAGGCUGCAGUUAUUCUUCCACUUACCGGAGAUAGGACAGAGAUAGACAGAGGUUUGCAGAGGCUGAGCCAAAUCAAACCAGCGGGAGAAACGUACAUGCACGAAGGACUCAUAGCAGUGUCCGAUCAAAUGAAAGAACAAAGUACCCCGUCGUCUACAAUUAUCAUAAUCCUGACCGAUGGUAAACUGGAGGUGUAUCCCUUUGUACUCAGCGUAGAAGAGGCCGACAAAGCCAGAGGAUAUGGAGCCCGGGUGUUCUGUGUGGGCGUGAUGGACUUUGACCACAAACAGCUGGUGGAAAUAGCAGACAACACAGAGCAAGUGUUCCCAGUGCUGUCCGGCUUCCACGCGCUCAAAGAGGUGGUUAACAAAGUGCUGAAACAGACGUGCGCAGAUGUGUUUAUGAUUGAGCCGUCCAGUGUGUGUGUGAAUGAGUCGUUUAACAUUGUGCUGAGUGGGAGUGGCUUCAGCGGCUCUAAGAGGAUAGAUAAUGUCGUGUGCGUGAUCACUGUGGACCACAACACUUAUGACCAGAAGCCGUCAGUGGUGAGAGACGGCCAUCUGCUGUGCCCUGCUCCUGUGCUCCAUCAGGCCGGACAAUCUAUAGAGGUGCUGGUGAGUCUGAACAAUGGACAGUCCUACAUUUCAAGUCCUAUUGUCAUCUCAGCUGAAACCUGUUCUGAUGGGAUGUGGCUGCUGUGGCUCCUGCUGGCUCUGCUGCUGUUUCUGGCUCUGCUGCUCUUCUGGUGGUUCUGGCCGCUCUGCUGCACAGUGGUGAUCCGAGACCCUCCGCCUGACCGACCCCCUCCUCCUCCACCGCCUGUUAUUGAGGUAGAGGACGACUUACUGCCCAAGAAUAAGUGGCCAACCGUCGAUGCUUCAUAUUAUGGAGGCAGAGGAGCGGGAGGAAUCAAGAGAAUGGAGGUGCGCUGGGGUCAGAAAGGUUCCACUGAAGAAGGUUCGCGGCUGGAGAAAGCCAAAAACGCUGUAGUGACUCUGGCAGAAGAUGACGAAGAUGUCAUCAUCCCAAAACCCCCACCGAGACCUCCUCCUGUUUACCACCCCCCUCCACAGUCCAAAUGGUACACCCCCAUCAAGGGCCGUUUUGAUGCUUUGCUGGCUUUGCUGAGACGCCAAUAUGACAGAGUGGCGAUUAUGAGGCCGACACCACAGGACAAGGGUCGCUGCAUGAACUUCAGCAGAGUCCAGAGUCACUAA